AUGUCCUACGAAAAGCCCCUUGCGUUCAGUCAGAACGCUUUCCAACCUCCGGAGGACGAGGACGACCAUGCAGAGGGGCCUUCUUUUAGACGACAGAAGCGACAAGCAACUGUCUACGAUGCCGUAGCUGGCCGGAUAAAUGCACACGGUUUCCUUCCAUUAAUUCCUUUCUCCUCGCGAUACCGUGACACGGCGUCCUCUAAUUUUCGACCUGUCCGUCCGGAAGAAGUCCUCUUUCGUCGGCAAAAUGCACCGACGCGGUACGAGGAGAAUGACUUCUACUUUGCCCAUGAAUCCCUUCCGUCCGACCGUCCGCUCCCUAGUUCCGACCUGCUAGAAGCUAUUCAUACCUACUCAGCGGACUACUACGACUACGCGACUCCCGACCGCGGCCAGGAUGAUUACCAAAGCAUGGAUGAAACGGCGCUGAUUGCCAUGGGCAUACUUUUGGAGGAGAUGGCGAAGGAAUCCCUCGGCAAAACGGGUGAUUUAGUCCUGGUGGAAGGCGAGGAGAUAGGAAGCGAGGAGGAGCAGUCUCGAUCCCAGACUGCGAAGCGCGUCGGCCGUAAAAGGGCCAAUACUGGUCGAAGUAGCAUCCUGGCAAGCUCGGGGGACGAACUCGGGACGAUUGUGAGGAGGCAGAAGAGAAAGCGCACAAAAAAGCCGCGACUGGUUCGGACAGCCUCUACGACCGAUGCGGACUGA